AUGUUGAAGCUUGCUAGGAGUCGUACAGUUACUAUAAGCCACAAACUUAUUCCUGUUGCAAACCGUUCAUCAGUCUUUAGAAGAUCCCUGAUUAAUGAACCGAAAUAUGAUGACGCUGAGAUCCUGGCCAAGGGGAUCAAUAAUAAUGAAUUCAAAAGUAAAAGAGUGAACUUACCAUUCUUAGGGAAUGAAGAUGCACCUGAUAGUUCUAAAGAACUCACUCUGGAAAGAAUGAAGAAAUUGCAAAAGGGGAGCAUAAUUUUUAUUGCUUUAUUAGGACUGACUUUGACAGGUUCGUAUUAUAUUUAUGAUAAGAAACAAAAACAAAAUAAACUUAUAGAAGAACUUGAGUGGGCAUCUAUUAGUGAGGGUUCGAUGCAAAAGAAAAAGAAAAAUAAGAACAGUAAGAGAAAAAAUGGUAAAUUGUCUAAAGUUAAACCCGUUGUGCCGUUGGAUCAAUUAACCUCCAGUGAACCUGGUUUGUAUGUAUGGGGCGAAUGCACAAAUGAAACUGAAUGGGCAUCGAUUCCAAAGAGAAUUGAACAAUUUGAUCAAAUGAUCCUUAGAGAUGUAUGUUUAAUUGAUAAAAAGAAAAACUUGAUUGUUGACCAAAAAGGUAAUUUGUUGAAUUGGGAUCAAAAUAAUAAUGAAAUAGCUAAUAUUUUAAUGGGUCAACAAUUGACCAAAGUUAAAGAAUCUAACAAUAUUUUAUAUGGGUUAAAUAAUAAAGGUGAAAUAUUAAUCAUGCCAUUGGAAAAUUUAAAUUCACUAUCCCAAUAUUUCGAAAGUCGUAAACGAGUAAGAUUCCUACCAAAAUUGAGUAAAAUUAAUGAAUAUCAAGCAUAUGGUUUAAAGAUUGAUACUAGUAAGGCAUUUGAUAAAAGAAUAAGUGAAAGAAAAAUUGUGGAUUUUGAUACCGGUUCUAACCAUUUAGUUUUAUUAUCUGAUGCGUCGAAGGCAUAUUCUUGUUCAACUGGUCUUGCUAAGGACGAACUUAUAACAAGCCCAGAAAAAUCCAGAGGUCAAUUUGGUAUACCAUCACUUUCUCAAUACUCUAAAUACCCUGACUUAAACAAAUUGUAUGAAAUUGAAUUAUUGAAUAAAUCGAUUUCUUCCACACAAGGUAUAGAUUUUAGAAAGAUUGUGAAGGUUGCAUGUGGUGAUUAUCAUACUGUGGCUAUUGAUUCUCAGGGCCAUUUUUUCACAUUUGGUUGGAAUCGAUUUGGUCAAUUAGGUUUUAAUAUUUCGUAUGAGAAUGAAAUCAUGCCAUAUCCAAAACAAUUAUCGAUGACAAGCUUUAUUCCAUAUUUUAAUGACAAUCCAUCUAGGAGUGAAAAGAAAAAUGCGAAUAGUGAAGUUCGUAUCUUACCGUCGAUGGGUCUCAAGUUUGAUUUACGAUGUGUUGAUGUUUGUUGUAACAAAGAGACAACAUAUGUGAGCAUAUCCAAUGCACUUGGUGAACAAAAAUAUUUUUCGAUGGGUAAUGGAUCUAAUGGAGAAUUAGGUGAUGGAUCAUUUAGAAAUUCUCAAUUUCAACCACAAAGAAUUAAAAUUGAUGGACAAAUUCAAAAAUGGAUCGGUAAUAAGAAUUCUAAUCAUGUCAUAUGUGAAAUGAGUAAUGGUGAUCUAGAGAGUUGGGGGUUGAACAAUGUAGGGCAGAUAGGUAAUUGGCAAAAAUCCAAGUAUAAAUUUAAUAAACCUGAACAGUUACCUUUAUUGAUUGAACCAGGAAAACAAUAUUUAGAAAAUGAGGAUUUAAGUACGUUGUCAACAUUUAAAAUCGAUCCAACCAAACAAAGUGUUAGUAUUGGUAAAGAUUCCAGUUGUAUGUACUGGAAACGUAAAUAA